AAAACGCAAAAUCUGCCGGGGAAAGAAUCGUAGAGGAUAGGCGAACUUAAGGGCGGCCGAACGAGGAAGCCUGCGUGGAAGGCUUGGCCAGGGGCAAGACUUCUUUUCGUGAAAAAACCGAGUGCAUGCGUGAGCUGGUGGACGUCGACGACAGAGUCAACGCCUGCCACAUGACGCACAAAAACGCGGCUUACUCCAGUUUAACUUUUCUUUUUCUGGAAAACGGACCUCUCUGUCGCAACUUGCCGCUGCUGCGGCAGCGGCAAAUCGCGUACGUGAUCAACUGCACCCCUGAGGUUGCGAGCGGCGGCGUCCCGAACUACCACCACCCUCGGCAGGCCCUCUCGGCCCGCGGCCCCGGGCGGGCCUCGCCCCUGGGGGACUGCGUGGCUCCGGGGGCCUUCAGGCCUCUGGAGUACCACCGCCUGGACAUGGUGGACAACGGGACGGAACGCCUCGCGCGGCACUUUGAGCGUUUCUGGGAGCUCAUGGAGCGCGUCCGAAUCCGCGAGAGUGGAAACGUCCUCGUCCACUGCAACCAGGGUGUCUCGCGGUCCGUCGCGAUGGUCGCGUCGUACCUCAUUCGCUUCUUCAAGAUGUCUGUUGAGGAUGCAGUCGCCCUCAUCCAGGUGAACAGGCCGGUGGCGAAGCCGAACGACGCCUUCAUGCGGCAACUGCGGGAACUGCAUGCAGACCUCAAAGCCUCUGGCGCGUACCCGGAGAACGCCGUCGAGUUCUCUCUCGCAGAUGCCAGGCAUGACCCGGACGCUUUGCUCGAACAUGAAAGGCGACUCGCCUCCAGUCGCAGAGCCUUCGCCGCAGCCGCCAACGCCCAGGCUGUCGCCGCCGCCUCCCGCAGGGUGGUGGGCCCCGCAAGGCCCCACACAGGCCCCGAGAGCGUCCGGGUGGAGACAGCGGGUCGCUCGGAAGGAGGCGGCGGCGAGGAAGGCGUCUGUGCGUCAAGUCUGAAAGACCCGGACCGGCGGGGAGAAGAUGAUUCGCGGAGCAGCGGGGAAGCCGAGAAGAACGAGGGAGAGACUCGCGGACGGAGUGAAGGCGUUGUGAUUGGGCCUCAGUUUCCAGCUCCCGGGGAGAGAGUUGGGGAGGACGACUUCACGGGAGACGACAAGGAGUCUUCGAAAGUGAGGAAAACGGAACAAAUCGAAUCUGUGCGUCGAGAGCAGGAGGGCGGAAGAUGUAUUUCUUUCGAGAAGGAAGAUUUCGUCUCUCCCGCAGGUCCUUGGGAACGGGAAGAGAAGCGCCCUGGGGUGGAAGAAGAUCGACUUCUUUCAGACGAGGGUGAGACCGCACCGGGAGGAGAGAAGAAGCGUAGCCGCUUUCGACUGUCUGGUACCCUCAGCGCUACCGCGAGGGAAGGCCAGGCUGCACAAGACAAGAAUGACGGCGAGAGGAGAACGGGAGAAAACGACUUGGACAGAGUCAGCUCAGACGUUGAAGUAGACAGACGAGGUGUAGAUCAGACAGAAGAGCACCUCGAGGCUGAGCAGGAGAAGGCAGCUAGGCGAGAAGACGAGGUUCUCGAUACACGCAAAGGAAAGAGCAGAGAAGAGAGGAAUUUCCAGGUGAACGGCGAGGACUCGACGCGGUCACGCUCGAGGUCCCCUUCCGUUGUCGUCUUCUCGCGCUCGCCAUCGUGUUCUGUCUCUGUCGAUGACCGCCCUCGUCUGAAAUCUCCGUGGGUUCCUCCGCCGCUGUUCGGGGCCUUGCCGAAGAAGCGUUGUACAGAAUCUGAGCCGCGUCCCUCGACUGCGAGCGCAUCGGCUGCGAGCAGUUCGCGGUGCUUCCGUUCCGCGGAGAGACUUUGCGCAUGCUCCUCUCCAGGGAAGAAGUCUCUGUUCUCGGCUCCUGCGGCGAACUCGAAGCCUGAAUCUGAGGCUCCUGCGACAACCUGCGCUUCUCCCCUUCUGCACGUUGGUCGCAAGCGAGAGCGAGAAGACGCUUGCUUUCCGGACUCUGACCGACGUCGUUCUCUGGAUCUGGCGUCGGCCGCCUUGGCGUCGACAGAUGGAACGAGACGGAGGGCCUCGUCGGAUUCUUCUCGCGAGUCGGACGCGGACGAAGUCGCCUUCGUGAAGGAACGGAGGCGUCCGACGCGCGGGCGGGAUGGACUCGUGCGUCGGCCUUCGUCGCGGAGUGUCUCAGCCGACAGCGAGGGAGAAGCGAGAGGAGACGCCCACUGCAGAAGCUCUGGAGGCGCAGCCGGCAGCAGUCGGUGCCUGGGAGCAGACGGCGCAAGAACGCGUCGGACCUCUUCUUCGCCCUCGCCAGAGAGAGUUCGGAGACGCGAGGCGAAUAGUCCAGUCGCGCGGUGGAGAGACAGCCGAGAGGUGGCGAAUCACAGAGAGAGAGGUCGUCGGAGUCGGUCGUCUUCUGGUCCUCGAAGCGAAGCUGAAAGCAGUCGAGGCGCCGCGGACGCAUGGGGACGACGGAGAGGAUCGAAGCGUGGAAACGACAAAGACAGACGCGAGUGGAGAACGUGCAGACGCGUCUCUUGCAGUGACAGCGAGGAUGGAGUGAGGAGACAGAACGGCUGGACACUUGCUCGAGAGAGCCUGGCGCGUCGACGCGCGGAGCGAGAGUCGCGGCAGUCGUCUUCUCGAGAGACGUCCAUUUCGAGUGAAAGGGAAACGAAGCAAUGGAACAAAGACACAGAGAGAGAGUCAGAACAAUGGAGAAGAGGCGAAGCUGUGUUUCGGAGGUGCUCGCGAGGAGAAGGGGUACGAGUGUCUGGGUCUGAAGAAGGAAGUGGAAGAAGUUCUCACUCGAAAAGUCCGGAAAGAGAUGAAAGAAAUUCCUUCUCGAGAAGUCCAGAAAGAGAUGGCAGAGGUUCCUACUCGAGAAGUCCAGAAAGAGGUCGAAAAGAUUCGCACGGCAGAAGUCGAGACAGAAGUAGAGGAGGUUCUCACUCGGGAAGUCGAGAAAGAAGUAAAACAGAUGUUUAUUUUAGAAGUUCGAGCUCGAGUUUGUUGCCGGAAAGAAAGCGCAGAGCGACUGCCGAAGGCAGGCACUGCGCAGCCACUCGGCGACCGGUGUGGAGGCGAGAGAAAGUCUGAUAUAUCAGAGACUCUGAGGACUUUCGCGGUUUCUGACAGGCUGAGGAACUUUGCGUCGUCCCUUUGAAAAUGAAGUGCAGAGAUCGCGAGCGGAAAAAGUGAGUGUGCCUUUAGCAAGAAGAGAAUUCGAGAAGGCACGAAACGCACCGAGUUGGAAGAGGGAAACGCGUGAGAGAGUUUCGCUGCAAGAGAUCGAUUGAGGAAAGGUCGCGUCGUCGGAAUUUAGGUGGACAGACAGUGUCCGACGUUUCUCGGGAGCAUCUGCAGAGCAGUUUUCGCAUUUGUGCAAUUUGACUGAAUUCAGAACUGGUGAAAAUGAGGGACAAACGAUCGACAGAGGGGACGUUUUUUGCGUGGAUGUCGCUUCUUCGUGUUUUGGCACUUUUGACUUCCUCUAGAUUCCUCGUCUGCCUCGAGUUUCCGUGUGGCUUCUUUUUUUCGUCCAUUUCUCCGUUUUGUCCGUUAGCGAGGGUUCCUCGCGCGUGCAGCGGCAUUUCACUUCCCUUGGAAGCUUCGUCACUCGAUGCGGGAGACGUAAGGAAGCGUCUACAAGUAAUUCCAGGCGUUUUGGCUGCCUUUGCAGGAGGCUUUUCCCGCUGUGCUUUACCAUUGAACCGCAGAACUCGCGUUUUUUCCGCGUUCGCAAUAUCGCAAUUAGUCUUGUUGACUGCCCUUCAACGACAGGGCUCUGCUCUGCACUCAAGGAUCCGUC